AGCUGAGUACAAAUAUGGAGGCUCUAGACCCUUCCAGAGCUGAGAUUUUAGUUGUGAAGAAGAGCAAUGUCUUCCAGCUACACGUGGAUUUGGCAAGUGAACAUGUAGUGGGUCCCAAACAGAGAGGAUGGAACGGGGGCAAAGAGUCCGUUUAUCUGGGCAGCAAACCGGAUACCAUAGCUGUACCAGGUCUCCCAUCCGCCGUCCUCCCUUUCCAUGGGUGCGUGAGGAAAGCCGUACUCAACCACAGGACUGUCAUGCUGUCAAAACCCUCAUCUGUGUCUGGAUCUGUGGGGACUCAGGGCUGCCCUGCCUUAUAGACCACACCUGCAUUAACCCCUAAAUACUCCACGUACACUGACACUAUCAAAUCAACAGGUGGUGGGUUUGCUUAGCCUUUAAUGUAAACAGAUAUUUAUGGUUACUUUUAUGACACCCAUGUAUGUA